GCUGCCUCAUUAGCUAUUAAACGUUGUGGAAUACAUCUGCAAGAAGAAAUUCAAGGUCUUCUGAGGGACACCGAAGCGAGCAAUGUCUUUAAACCAUGAGGAAGUGCAGGGUGUAUGGAUAGACCCAGUACUGUGAAUGCUGGCACCGAUGAGAUUAUAUACACUGUCCAAAAGGCAUUUUGUUCUGGUCUUUGUAGUAUUCUUUGUUUGUUUUGGUCUGACAGUCUUCAUAGGAAUAGCAGGUCCUAAUGUAAUUGAAACUUCUGUAGCAAGAACAGACUUAAAUAACAGCCUAAAGCUGAAGCCAUUUAAUUUAAGUUCUCCACCGCUGUCAACUUACAAUCAGCAGCUGUGGCUGACCUGCGUAGUUGAGUUGGAUCAGCAUGAUGUAUCCCUCAAAAAGAAUGUUACUAUGACAGUCAAAGUACUUGGAGUGGUGAAGGAUGGAAGCACACCAUAUGUUAAUAAUCAAGUUCACAAUCGAACGAGAUUACUCAGUUGUGCACAAAAAUGCAGUGAAAUCAUUGUUGCUCACCUUGGCUACCUGAACUACACUCAGUACAACAUAUUUGUUAGCUUUGAAGAUCUAAACAAGUUAACAUACACUAUCCAGAAUAUUACUUUCACAUGGAAGACCUACAAUCCAACUUUUUCACAAGUGGAAAUAUGGUUCCGAUUUGUCUUUGUAGUUCUUACUUUUAUGGUCACGUGUCUGUUUGCACAUUCUCUGCGGAAAUUCUCCAUGAGAGACUGGGGUAUUGAACAGAAAUGGAUGUCCAUCCUACUUCCUCUCUUGCUACUUUACAAUGAUCCAUUUUUCCCCCUUUCUUUUCUGGUCAACAGCUGGUUUCCUGGAAUGCUGGAUGAUCUAUUCCAGUCACUGUUUCUGUGUGCACUGUUGUUGUUCUGGCUUUGUGUCUACCAUGGUAUAAGAGUACAGGGGGAAAGAAAGUGCUUAACUUUCUAUCUGCCCAAAUUCUUUGUUGUUGGACUAUUGUGGCUGGCCUCUGUUACACUGGGAAUAUGGCAAACCGUUAAUGAAGUACAUGAUCCUACAUAUCAAUACAGGGUUGACACAGGCAAUUUUCAGGGAAUGAAGAUCUUCUUCCUUGUGGUGGCAACCACAUACAUUCUCUACCUUUUGUUCCUGAUAGUGAGGGCAUGCUCAGAACUUCGAAACAUGCCUUAUGUUGAUCUCAGGUUAAAAUUCUUGACUGCAUUAACAUUUGUAGUGCUUGUUAUUAGCAUCGUUAUACUCUACCUACGCUUUGGAGCACAGGUUCUACAGGAUAACUUUGUUGCUGAGCUGUCGACUCAUUAUCAGAAUUCAGCAGAAUUCUUAUCAUUUUAUGGUUUACUGAACUUUUAUCUCUACACGUUAGCCUUCGUGUAUUCCCCCUCGAAGAAUGCACUAUAUGAAUCACAGUUGAAAGACAAUCCUGCUUUUUCUAUGCUGAAUGAUUCAGAUGAUGAUGUGAUUUAUGGGAGUGACUAUGAAGAAAUGCCACUUCAGAACGGCCAAGCUAUUAGAGCCAAGUAUAAAGAGGAAUCAGACAGUGAUUGAUUGAUUGAUUUUGAUGCAGACAGACUUGUUCAGUUGGAAUUAAGCCAAUUUUGAAGUUUUCCUAGAUGGACAUCUUCCUUGGCUUCCUUACAGUCUGCUGUCAUUUUAACACCAACUCCCGGGAAGGACAUCCUGCUUCUGCUUCUGUUUACAGAGUUAAAACUGAGAAAACGAAUGCUUGAAAUGGUUGGGGUGAAAACUUAAGAAACCAAAAUUUUUACAUGUCUUAUAAAAUGCUUGAUAGCAGGAUGUCUGUGAACUAAAAUCUUUAAGUCUAUUUCCAUUUCAAAGUCUCACGAAUUAUAUACUGAGUUGCGAAUUGCUUCCUUGCUGCUUGGUUUUGGUGGGUUUUGUUUGGUUGGUUUUUGUUUUGUUUUGUUUUUUUUUUAGGAUGAUGUACAGCAUACUGCCAUUCAUCUGUUAUAUUUGCAUUAGCUGCUGUGUAUAUUGUCCACUGCUGUAUGAAGUUCCUCAUUCCCCUUUCAAUUUUCUACCUUAGUCUUUUGAGCUGGAGGCAGGGAAUGAACUAGUCUUUUUUUUUUUUAAUUAAUACAAGAAAACACAAGCUUUCUUUUCUUCCUUUGAAUAAGUGAUACAGACUUAAGACCAUUUUUUAAUAAGUUUACUGGAUUUGUAAGCGGAAGCUAGUCAAGUUCUUGUGAGCCAAAAUAGUCUCAGUGGUGCAAAAUUAUUUGUAUAAUGUAUGUUUCCUGACAUCCUUUACAGCCACAACAGAAGUGUCUAUUGUUUUUUCUUAGAACAGCCCUUUCAAAUUGAAAUAUUUCAGCAACAGCAAAUCUCAGAAGGAGGCCUGUACUUUUCUUCUUGCUCUUUUUGUAUACUGGAGGAGACUGUUGCACUUACAGAGAAUACAGUAUGAAAGUUUCAUAAGUAAUUGCAAUUUCAAAUUUCCAAACAUUUCACUUUUACAGAUUUUUUUUCUACAUCAGAAUUUUUCCUUAAGUUGUAUUAGGGAAUAGUUAAUCUACAUCCUAGGAACAACUGUGGUUGCUCAUGUACUGAAUGGGCCUGAGAGUUAGCUUGUGAGCAUGUUCUGUGCAUAGUUCAGCUGCUUUGUCAUACCACAGUCACCACCUGUACUGAGGGGAACUUUUUUAGCACAUUUUGUGAUUAUCUGUAUUCCAGUCUGUGCUGGAACAAAGUUAUAUGGGAAUUAAGUAUUCCAUGUACAAUGCUGCUGCUCUAUUUAGAAGUUGGUUUUCUCCUACACUACUGUUCAGUUCUUUAUUUAAGUGGGUGCUGUUUGUUUUUUAUAAAUGCUUUUGUUCUCAGAUACUUGGCCUGUUUAAAAGUAUCUCUUUUUCUUAUGGAUUUGUAACUGAGAUUUACUCCUGUAAAAUUUCUCUGCCCCGCUGCUACAGAAGGCUCUCAAAAGCACUGUUCAUGUAUUAGAAUAUGGUGCUGGGUUGCACUAGAAAAUCGUGCUUAUCGCUGAAGUAUUUAAAGCAGAAUAGUGCAAUAAAGUCCUGCUAGACUUGCUGAAUCAUA